AAGUGUAGGCUCUUGCUGAGGGUACGUCGUUACGAGACCUACUUGGGAUCGCUCUUUGUGACUUUGUGGCAGUGGCUUUGUACGGGGCGCAGUUUGGUGGUCGUCCUGUGUGUGAUCUGCAGAGUUCUUUGCGUAGACCGCACACGGUGGCUCGAUUUACUGGAAAGCCCUCGUUCGGUGCCUCUCCAAAGCGUCGUACUCAGGAGGCUGACCGCGUGCUCCUCGUCACUCCACAGGUCUCAAACUCGUGACCUCCCCAAAAUGACCGACCUCGACUCGACAGCCAGGGCAGCAUCACCCGACCACGAAGACCAUGACGAUGGAGGGGAGUCUGGUCGUGGCGGCCGCGAUAAGUUCUCGCGGGAGCGGAACGAAGGGUCUGGUAGAACCGACGCAAUGGAAGUCGAUGAGUUUGGCCGCACCGUCACCUCCAGAAAGCGGAGGGAGAGGAGCAGGACUCGCAGUCUCUCACCGCCAGUUGCUGAGCGACGAGGAAAGCGACGUCGUUCGAGGAGUCGCGAACGGGAACGUGAGGGCCCCGACACAUACAUCCCGGAUUAUCGGAAUGGAAGCGGACCACCUAGACGUCGCAACAAUGAUGUUCCCAUUACCGACAUUGCCCCUGCGUUUUUCGGGCCAAUGGAAGGGCUACCGGACCCUAUGACUCUGGAUUUCCUCAUCUCAAGGGACGAAUAUGGCAUGUGGGCUCGGGAGCAACAUCGGAAAAAGGCGGGCCCUCGCGCACCUACCAUGAGCCCAGAUGAGGUUGAUCGAAGAUACGAGCUUUAUAAAGAGAACUUCAACACAAAACAGCUGGUGAAAUACUUCAAGCAGGAGAAGGACUCUGAAUGGUUCCGAGAGAAAUACCAUCCGGAGGAAUCGAAGCCUAUGCUGGAGGAGGUGAAAGCCAGACGACGGGAGCUUCUUGCCAAGUUUAAAAAAGAUCUGGAGUCCGGGCAACAUGACGAUGUUUCAUAUGAUGAAAGUAAACGUGGGCCGCAGGAUGGCUCGGCGAUGGAGACCAAGGACGCGGAGCCCAAGGAGGAAGCAAAGGCUAAUAACGAAGACGCGCCAGCGGAGGAUGGAGCGAAUGCCGAAGUGCUACUUCCCACGCCAUCAGAAGACAAAAGCGCUCAGCCUCCGAAGGAAGGUCUGAAGGCGGAAAAUAUUCACGCGCUGUUCAUCAAAGGCGUCCCUCCCAAAACCCCGCGAAAGGACUUGAAGGAGCUUUGCGCACAAGCCGAAGGCUUCAAAUAUCUGGUUCUCAGUGAUCCUAAGCUCGAUAAGAACAUUCGGUAUGGAUGGAUUAUCUUUGAGGACGACGCUGACAUGCCGAAGGCCCUCUCAACCCUGCAAGGAAAGCAGAUCGGUGAAUUUACCUUGAGUUUGGCCUUGCAUCAUUGGCAAGAACUUCGCAUCCGGUCCAUUCCUGGGGAAACCAACCGUCCAGAGCGCCUGCAGAAAGACCUAACGCAAAUCAAAGAGCUAUCGAAAGUUCUGGAUGGGGAGAUGGACUUCGACCCCGAAUCGGGCGUGGCGAUUGUGGAGUCGAGAUUGGAAAAUGUCGUCCUCCCCAAGUUAGAGCAGCAGCUCGAAAGCGAAAGCGAGACCGAGAGAAAGACAGCGAAGGUUAAGCGGUCGCUGGACCUGCAUAUCAUCUAUCUGCGACGAGUCCACUGCUACGAUUACUACUCCGGCUCGGAAGCUCUCAGCCCGGAGGACUUUAUGCGCAAAACGUCAGUCCAGCUGCGUCGACCGGCAGUCGACAAGAAGUCCUCGCAUUGGCUGGAAAGGCUCGAUACGCGUAUAGAUAUGCGUACCCACAAGCCAGUAGAGGGAUCGCAACUGAUCAAAAUGGGCGGAAAGUCUCUAGAGGCGGAGUUGGACAAACACCUCAAAACGUACUCGAAAAAGGAGACAGAGGGCAAGUACCGCUGCACGGAGUGUCAGAAGCUGUUCAAGGGAGACGAGUUUGUCAGGAAGCACGUCCGAACGAAGCACCCGGAACGGACGCUGGCGACCAUUGAGGAAGUCAACUUCUUCAACAACUUCGUCCGUGAUCACAGCAAAGUAAACCUCAAUUACCUCGCGCCGCCUCCAAUGAACGGAGGAGGUAUCCCAGGUGGACCGCCGUUUGGAGGGCCUAUGCCCAUGAUGAUGCCCAUGAUGCCCAUGAUGCCCAUGGGGAUGAACCCAUUCAUGAUGCAGCAGUUCAUGCAAAUGCAAGGGAAUGGCGUUGGUGGAGGCAUGGGAGGAGGUAUGCAGCGGAACGACAGGAAUGGAGGACGUGGUGGAAGGAACUCCUUGCAGGGACGGUUGGGACCACCGCCUCCCAAAAAGCCCAAUGCGAGAAACGACCCUCGCCAGAUUCGCCACUACGACGACCUAGACAACCCUGUUCCCGCUGGAGAGAUGGAAAUCAGCUACGACUGAGCCCCGACGCCCCUCCACUCUGUGCCGCGUUCAUGGCUGCCAUCCAAUACUGCCUCAGUUACAUCCCAACGGUAUCUUCCCUAUUCCUGAAACCCCUAUCGUGUCCCGGCCAUGUGAACCAUUUGAAGCGAAGGGGCUAUUUGAGGUACCUCUGUAUAUAUACGUGCAAUCUAUUGAUUGCGUUGUCCGAAACUAGGUUGUUGGCACGUGACUGUUGCUCUCGCGAUGUCCAUCUAGUCAUCCCUCCCGUUCUGAACAUGAAGG